AUGGCCACCGCCGAAACUCGUCUUCGCCCAAAUAUCCUCAUCACAGGCUCGCCGGGCACCGGAAAAUCCACUUUGGGUCAACAAGUCGCCGAGAAAUUGGCAUUCGAUUUUAUCGAAAUCGGAAAAGAGGUUCGAGAGAAUCAAUUGUAUGAGGAAUAUGAUGAACAAUAUAAAUGUCAUGUUUUGGAUGAGGAUAAGCUUUUGGAUCAUAUUCAGGUAACUAGGGGGAAAAUUAUGCGGUGAAAUUGCAAAAAUGGGCGGGGCCUUGAUUUUAUGAUCAUUUUGAUACUAAAUACUAUUAGAUUUCAUAGAAAAACUAUUGUAAAAAAAGUGGGCGGGGCUUAAUUGUGAUACCACAAAAACUAUGCGGUUAAAUUGCAAAAAUGGGCGGGGCCUUGAUUUUCUGAUCAUUUUGGUACUAAAUACUAUUAGAUUUCAUAGAAAAACUAUUGUAAAAAAGUGGACGGGGCUUAAUUGUUAUACCAAAAAAAAAACUAUGCGGUGAAAUUGCAAAAAUGGGCGGGGCCUUGAUUUUCUGAUCAUUUUGAUACUAAACACUCCAAGGCUUCGUAUAGAUGCGUAAAGGACCAAAAAACUGUGCGGAAAAAUUGCAAAAAAGUGGGCGGGUUUCAAUUUUGAAACCAAAAAAGAGCAGAGCCUUGAUUUUUUAAAUUCAAGGCUGUUAUUUCCUCAUGCUUUUGCCAUUUGAAAGGCACUAAUUAUUUUUGAUAUUUUUUUAUUGAAUUUUUAUUCAAACAAAAUUCACAAUCAAUCAGAAAUGAGUAUUAAAGAUGUCUUGUUUUCUUUAUCAUUUUAUUGUCUUUCAAUUUUCGAUGUUUUGUUUUUCAUAUUAUUCUUAAAAACUCCGAAAGACGAGAAGAAAAACGAUAUUUAUCGAUUAUUCCGGCAGGUUUUUGUGAUUUAUCUCAUCUCAGAUAUUUUAAAAAUUCUAAUAUUUUCUUUUUUCUUCAUUCCCCCCAUACUUCCUCUUGGAAAAUUAAAGUUAUUCAUUACAUUGUAAGUUAGCCAUGGGUUUUGUAAUCGAAAUCAGUAAUAUUUCAGAAGUUACAUUCUCUUUAUUGCCUUUACACAUCCAAACUUUGCUAUUUGCAAUACAUUUUUCCUUCUGAUUGCUGCUCAGCGAUUCAUCAUUGUGCUGAAUAUAUCGAAACUUGCCAAAUUUGUGACAGGAAAAUGGAUAUCGUUUUGGAUUGUUUUAACAUGGUUUUGGAUUGUUGUAGUAAGUUGUUUAUCAGUUCAAACCUCACCAAAGAACCUGGGUACAAAAUUGCCCAUCUAGUGAAAAAUGUUCUGCCCACCUGGAAUUCCAGGUGAGGUUUGUUUCCAAAAUUUAUUUGCUUUUUACAGACCAGUUGGACUACUCAUAUAUGUUACGUGAAACCGUGUUCUCUGAUUGCUUUUGCGAUGAAUAAUUAUACGUGCAAUAAAACAGCAACUAAAAUAGAUGUUAUAAGUGAUGUGCGUCCAAAAAUCAAAAAAAUGGGCGUCCAAAAAUCAAAAAAAAAAAGAAGGCCUUUCCAAUAUGUAUUUUUGAGUACGUGUAAUUUACCACCUAACUUAUUUUUCAGCCAACAUUUCGCAUUUUAAUGCAGACAAACAUCGAUGUGGUAAUGCCAAUCACCUCAUUGCUCUUCCACUCAAUAAUCAUGUUUUCUGUUCACAAAAACCGCCAAAUAAUGUCAGCCACAAGAAUCAAAGCAGAACUAUCGAUUGCUUUCCAAAAUAUGCCCGUUGCCUCAUUGGUCAUCCUGAAAAUCCUAGCCAUUGUUGUUUAUCGCAUGGAUGUGGUUUUGUUUCUGGAGAGCUUCAUCUGUGAGCAGAAAAUCACUGAACUCCUGUUGCCGUUGACCUAUGUGAUUGUGAAUCGGGCAAGAUUGCGCGGGUUUUGGUUCGCGCGGAAGAAUUUGGUGGAACAGGGAAGGCCGGCGAUGAUGACUUCGAUUAGUUGAAUAAUUUUUUUUGGUUUUGAUUUUUGUUUGUGAAGAAAUAAAGUAUUUUUUCUAUAUAGUAUUUGAUGUUUGAUGAAAAUUAUUGAAAAUUAAAGAGAUAGAAACGUUUCUAUGAAAUCAGGCGCCGAAUUCAUAAAAGUGGUAAACGUCAAAAUUUAUUGAAGAAAAAUUUGGUACGCCAAAGUUAAAUUAUUUUUAAGCCAGAUUCGUAAGCUAGUUUCGUUAGACCUAAAACAUAUCGAAACCUGAAUUUUCAUAAAAUACCAAAAAUAAUUGAAGGCAAAUUUGGGCGUAUCAAACUUUUCUUUAUCAAUAUUUGGUACUACCAAGUUUUUCUUCAAUAAAACCACCAAUCCGCGGCUGGCCAGAGUACAAUUUUGAAAAAAAAUCUGAAUUUCAGUUUUUAGAGGUCAGAAACUGGAAAAAUCACAAAUUUUAGAAGCCAAAAAGUGAAAAAUUCACAAUUUUCACACUAUAGUUUUUUAUAAAAAGUUGGCGUACAAUUUUUUAGUUUGGACACCACGUUUUUGGCCUAGGUGUGAAUAAAACCUUUUCUUAAAUAUUAAUUUGACCUCAGAUUUCUAAGCUAAAUCCAGUAGACCAAAAAUAUUUAGAAAUCUAAAGGUUCAAUAGAAAUCUUUACCCUGAAUACAAUUAGCUAACGAAAAAUUUUAUAACAAAUCCAGUAAUCUCAUAUUUUCAAAUCCCGCCUUAUCUCUAGUACCCCUAAUCCGAAAUUCUUAAAGACACACAAUCCACUAGAAAUGUACAGAAAAUGAGUUUGUUAUUCUUUCAUAACACCUUUCAAGUAAUCGGAAUUCAUAAAAAUCAAGAAAAAAUUUUGAGUCUGGCAAAAGUGAAAAAACAAAAUAAUUGUUUUUGAAAUCGCUCAGCCGACGGGAUUUUCGAAAGAGUUUGCACACAACGAAGCAAUAGAGCGCACAUGCUGUUUUUGUCAUUUGAAAAUAAAUGCGGGAAAUCUGUUUUUUCCAGUGGCUGAUGUGUCUUUAAAUUUUUCGCUUCAGGACCGUAUGGACAGUACAUCUGGUGGAGCUGUCGUCGAUUAUCAUGGCUGCGAAUUUUUCCCAGAAAGAUGGUUCGAUUUUGUAUUUGUGUUGAGAUGUUCAACUGAUAAAUUGUAUGAUAGAUUGGCUCAAAGAGGAUAUUCGGAUUUUAAAAUCAAGGAAAAUGUCGAAUGUGAAAUAUUUGGAUCAUUGUUGGAAGAAGCCAGAGAUUCCUAUAAGUAGGGCAUUUUUUGGGAGGGAAAUACCCUAAAAAAUCAAAUUUUUCUCAACUUCUUGGAAAAAUAAUCAAAAAUUAUCCUGAAAUCCAAAUUUUAUAUGAAAAUUAUCAGAAAAUUUUCAAUUUUCAGCCAAAAAUAUCCCAAAAACCUGAUUUUCAGACCUGAAAUCGUUUUCGAGCUGCAAUCCGAAUCGCCUGAACAAAUGGACGAAAAUCUGGAGAAAAUUUGUGAAUUGGCAGCCGGAUUUAAGAAAUCUCAAUAA